AUGACCAGCGGUCUGAUGCGGCGCUUUUCGACAUCUGCCCGCACGCAACUUCUGACUUGCCCAGCACGAUCGCUCACUGCGCCCCGGCUGCUGGGGCUCAAGCAGUACAAGAGGAACAUCACAGCCGUAGGCGCGAAGCAAGCAUCCGUGUCCAGGCACUGGUUUACUAGCUCGUCGCCAUGCAAACACCCCGAGCCUGAUGAGUGCGAGAAGGAGCGACUGAACGAGCGCAACUUGAAACUCGGAAACACCAUACGGGUGCUCCACGACCGCCUGCCCACGCUCCUCAUAUCGCCCUUGCCGCAAGACAUCCUCUCCCCGCACAUCAGCCUUCACCUAUUUCCCUCGACGCAUCCUCAUCUACCCACCGUGAGCGGAAGGUUCGCAUACGCAGCUGCACUGUGGACAGCACCAGUCGCAUGGGGCCAGGUACCAGUACUCGGCAAUGUGAAGCUUGAGAUAUUAUCUGAGCGCAUGGUCAAGAACGGCGCAUCGUCAGCGAGCAACGUACGCAACGAGAAGCUUAUAGUCCGAUGGCAGACAUGCAAAUCGGAGAAGAAGGACAAUGGCCAAGUCAGCGACGUUGUUGAAAAGAUUACGAGCAUCGUCGCAGGGUCGAAACGACCCCACCAGGAGUUUACUGGGCUCUUCAAGUUUGAAUUCGACGAAGAGGGGCGCAUCUUGAAUCACAUCAUCGAGCAUACGGAAGAGGGCCAGCAUUGGGACAGGACAGCGAAGGUCAUCAGUGUCACUGACUGGCUGCUGGGGCGGGCGUGGGGCAGACGUGAGGAAGUCAGCCCUAGUCUGGCAUUUGCUAGAUGUUGGAGGGAGAAGAACAGCCGGGGUCGUGGUGAGCGGCGAUGA